CAUGCCCCGCGAAUCUCCAAUAUCCGAGCCUUCGUUACAUAUGAAACACAAAUAUGAAUGAUGGUUGUUGCUAUCACUAUUGAUUUUCCGUCGAUGAAUGUUCGAGACACGAGAGUGUGAUUGAUCAGUCCAUCAACGUCUCUGUUCAGAGGCAGACGACACAGUGCAGCAGACGACAUUUCAAGCAGGCGAUCUGUGACACCGUGCAGUGGUGACAUGGUAACUGAUCACGAGUGCAUGGAGUUUAAAGGAAUAUGCAUGGCAAGAAAUGUGUGACAAUAGGUAGAUAGAUCUGUAUUUUGCCCUGUUUGUUUUGACAGUGUUAACAGCCAAUGGAAUGAUACAGCAACAGCAGAGCUAAACGUACAAUAAAAUAAGGGAUUAUCUUAUUAUCUUUUCUGUGUCAUACGACAUUCGUCAAACAGAACUGUCUUCGAAAACAGCCCGCCAUCAUCCAAUGACCGCAGCGGAGAACAACCAUUUCUAUACACUUCAAAGAGACAUAGUAAUCAACUGAAGAUACGGAGGAGUCUUUGUGGUACCAGUACGUAUAGAAUGCCAUGGUUACGAUAAGUCCUGGCUGCAUGGGCCGAAGGAUACAAAGCGAAAUAUACAGAUACCAACCAGUGGUGUACAUCCGGAGAAUAUGAAAACUAACUAAGAAACAUCGUGAAGGUAUUUCUAACACGUUCACAGCACGACCGAAGCAGGAGCUGAGAUUGACCAGACGACAUUUGAUGGAAGCAGACGACAAAUGAACGGGUGUUUCGGUUGUCAGCAGAAGAAAACGGAUUUAAAGCAGCAAAAGAAGACACCACAAAGAACCCGUUUUGCUUCUACCUACUGUGAAACAUUCUAUAUGAGACUUAAGUGAAACUGAGGCAAACAGAAGAUACUCUAAAACAUUACAAGCUGCAUAUGAAAUUUCAAGAGUAAGAUCAUGACCAGAUAUCCAAUUAAAGGGGCCGUUUGGAUCGCCACCUACGUCUUUGUUCUCGACAUCGUCACCAACGUCGAUGGUGCAUCCAAUGCAGAUGACAAUGGCUUGUGUUUCCGCGCCGAGUCUCUCGGUCACCGCGAGGGCAACCUGUACUACUGCAAUGACCCAGCCCUACCGUUGUGUUGUGAGAAGGAUAACACACAUACCUGCUGCCAGGCAGAGACUACAAGAAAUGUGAAUGACCAACUGAUCUUGUGGGGGUUCAUGGCUCUGACGAUCAUGUGUUUCGGGGCGGUCUAUUACUACUUCUCCAGGGAGGGCGACUACUGGGAGUCCCCCACGAUGCGUCUGGCGGCCGACCACAUGGCCAGAAGAUUCGGAAUCAGGAGCUUAGGGAAGAAAAAAUCGGACGACUGCGUUUCCCCGAUACAGCGUGAUUUUGACAUCAUGGAGGAAUCAGAUCCCAUGAGGACGCCAUCACCGGAAGCGUCGUCGGCAUUCAAACCAGAAGUCACAACUUUGACGUGAAGAAAUUACGUCUGAAAAAUAUAUCUGUGAUAAAAAAAGACGUUUGAGAAAAGAGAAUAUAUAUAUUUUUAAAAAUACUUAUUGUUUCGAGACUUGUACGAAUACAUUUUCGAUACGAUUGUUUAACUUAGAUAUUACCCCUCCGUUUCGUCGAAAUAUGACAGUUCAUUAAUAACUUAACACAAGCCCAAAUUUGACACGGGGUCAGAGCCAUGUCAAAGGCAACAGCCAAUCAGGCUAGCUCACGUACUCUAAAAUAUAAACACACAUCCUGGCUAACAAUGAUGUUAGCAAUAGGAUAAUUUUGUAUGGUUUUUCUUUUCUUUUUCUAAAAAUGCAGUAAUUAAUGACUCCUACGAUGUUUUCAAUCAUUAUCCGUCACGAGCAAGUACAAAAUGUUCACCUUUGAUAUUCAACAGAAUAUAUGAAUAUCAAUGCUUUUAUCAGAUUUCUUUGCACAUGAGGUAAACAUAAUGUCGCAAGUGUUCUUAGAGUGACCUGCCCGUGGUGAGCACAAAAAUGUGGAGUGGAAACUAGACAGGGAAGUCACAUAUUUGACUGAUUCUGGUGUAACCAUAUGAACGCACGUAAACUACAAGAAAUUAAAGU